AUGGUUUGUGGUGCAGCGACUCAGGCUCGAUCUGGAGCGAGCAGGACGGAGCCUACGGCGCGCCCGCAGCCGGAGAACGAGACGGCAGGAAACCACCUGAAUCAGCGGAAUCAGACGCGCGUCAACUACGACCUCAUUAAUCAGAAAAGCAGCUACUACCAGAACGCGGAGACCCCGGUUAAUUCGAUAGCACACGCUAAAAUAUGCCUAUUACAAAAAGAGAAAAACAGGCAAACAGACUAG